AUGUCUGAUUUUCCUCCCCCAUCGGCAAUUAAUAAUUCAUCAAAAAACAAAAAGAAGAACAAGAAGAAAAAUAAGAAACAGUCUGAAUCUUCAACUACUCCAGCCGUUGUUACUCCACCUGCCGUCACUACGCCAAAUGACAUAAGUUAUGCUGCCGUAGCUGCUUUGCCAGCUGAUAAUGAAUCGGCUGAUACUUCCUUAGAAGACGCUUCUAUCCAAACACAAGGAUAUGCAUCUGAUGUAACAGAUCCACUGGAUACGCCUCAGAGUGGUACAGAAAAUCCAUCAGCUGUUAAAAAAGUACAGCCAGCCACCACCACUGAUGGUGUAAUUCCUCCUGUAAGAGCUCCUUCCUCUUCACAGGUUGCCGCCUCUGAGCCUACUCAAUUAUCUGAAUCUAUUCAAUAUGCUAUUAAGUCCGUGAUUGCUACUCAAUCUAUUAAUAUACAAGGUAUCAUCCAAGAAAUCACCAAGAAAAUUCAAGCAGGUGAAUACAACUCAAAACCAGCUCCAAAGCCUGUAGCCAAGACUUCAUCCGCUUCUCCAUCUAAACCAUUGACUUUAUCGGAACCUGCUAAACAAUGUAUCAAAUCUGCUAUUGCAUCAAGAUCUAUGGACAUGUAUGCUAUCACUGAUAAAAUAGCCAAAAAGAUUGAAGCAGGCGAUUACAAAACUCAAAACAAGAAAGAAGAACAGCAUAAGCAAGUUCAGAAAGAGGAGCCAAUCAAAGAUAUCAACAAGGAAUCUCAAAAACAACAACCUCCUGUCCCCAAGAAAGACCAGCCUCCUGUUCCCCAAAAGGAUUAUGUCAAAAAGGAUCAAUCUGAUAAUAACGCAAGUCAUCCUCUGUCAGAUAUAAAUGCAGGUGCGGCGAUUUCCGCAGUUGCGUCUGCUGUAGCGGGAACUGCCGCUACGAUCACUGACAAACUUGGUUCCACAAGUAGUAAUACUUCAAUGAAAUUAAGCGACAAUGUUCAACAAUGCAUUGACUCUGUUGUUAAGUCGCCUGCUAUUGAUCUUGAUAGUAUUGUCAAGAAACCCGAAACCGACAAUAUUAAACGUCCGGAACCUGCUGUCGGAGAGACAAUCAUGCCGUCCGUUGUAAAGAAAGCGGAUAUUGCACCUGAAAUUACGCCACCCACCAAGCAAGUGGAUCAACAUAAACCAGCACCUGAUGUUCCUAAAAAGAAGAAGAAGAACGAUUGCAUAAUUUUAUAA